AUGGGAGCUGGUGGAAUGCAACAUGGGCUAGGAAUCACUGGAACAUCUGCGCUGAACUACGUGCAGCCUGGUAUACCUUCAUAUGAUCCAUUUCAUAGACCUAUGAUGGGCAAUGUAACAGAGCAUGAGUCGACCGACUAUGAAAGGGAAAGAGGACAUAUGAGAGCGUCUAGAGCACCGUCACACACCCCAACACAUACACCUGUCCUUAUGAGACCUACUCCAGUCACCAUUGCCCCUAAUCCAGUGGGACUCCGGCAGUUAGAACAGGAGAGACAAAUUUGUCAGGAAGAACAGCUUCAGCGCAAUCCUAAGCGACGCCGACGCACUCGCAGAAGAUCGACCCAGUUGGAAGAAGAAACAGAUUAUGCCAUAAACCUUAGAAACGAUGGACUUCCGUGGAAGGAGGUGGUUUCCCAAGUAAACUAUCGUUACAAUUCUAACUAUACCGCCUCCCGUCUUCAAAUGCGAAUAACACGUCGAUGGCAACGUGCGAUGAAAGGGUGGUCUGAGGAUGAUGUGAGUACGUGCACCUAUUUCCCAUUGACAUUAAUAUCUAGUACCCAUUCCAACUCCUCUUGUCCCCUCUCCCUCAUCACAAACAACAGGUGGACUAAUAUUCUAUCAGAUUCGAGCCCUUCAGAAUGCUCAUUCAUACUGGGAGACUGA